AUGGAAGAUGAAAAGAAACAAAUGAAACAGAUUUCCGUAAAAGAAAAAGGAACGGAUUUAUGUUGGAUUUCAGACAAGAAAAAGCACAUUGAAAUGGUUCCUUCUUUCGUCUUAAAUCAUUUUCUCAUCUAA